AUGACAUCAACCACCAACAUGGAAUGGAUGAAUCUAAUGAUUCACUCUCCCGAGAUGCUGACAUUGCAACAAUCCAACAACAAUUCCAACAACCAAAUUUCCUUCAUGACCCGAAAUGAAGGCAUUGCAAGUUUAGUGGAAGACUCGGUUACUUUAAUGGCCAUGAUGCUUGUUCUUAUUCCUGUAUUUAUCGUUUACUUCAAAAGACAUUGUUAUUUACUACUCGGCUUUCUUAUUCGUGUAACGCUCUUGAUGGGUUGUUGUUUUUGUUGGGGAAGAAGUGCGAGGACAAAAUUAGAUGAUUUGAUUCACGAGUGGAAAAACAAUGAGAAAACCAAAAACAGAGAAUUUUUCUUCGUGUUACUGCAUACAGUCAUUGCGUUUUUAUUAUUUAGAAUCCCUGCUGAAGGAGCUACUAUCGCCCAGCAUUACUAUGAUCUUCAACAGGAUUACUCCACAUUUGUAGUGGUGUUACAAAUCAGAAGAAUCUUUGAUUAUACCAGUAUUUUCUGGUUUACCUUCAAUUUCACAUUCAUCAUUCCCAUUUGGCUCAAAGUGUGCAUGGUUUGGGUCAAUCGAAAAAAGCAUCAAAAAUUGAUUAUCAUUACCAUGAGCACCUUUCUCAUUGUUGGAAAUAUUUGCUUGUUUUUUGGUUUGGCUCCUGUGACUGCCUUGUCCAUUGCCGUUCUGGCUAAACCUGAUCUCACCAAUGAUUUGGAAAAGUUAAGAAAAACCUUCACCACAGCCAUUGCCAUUCCAUUGGUUGGCACUUCCACAGCCAUUGUUUUCUUUUUAAGUAUUGGAACAGUGGUCAUUAUUGUUUACAUGUUGAGACAAAAAUCAAAACUAGUUCCUGAUAAUUCUGAACAAUAUCAAUUGCAAAAACAAACCAUGGUGAAAUUAACGAUUGGAGUGGUUAUUCUAGCAGCUGGAGUUUUAAUUGAAGUAUUGGGAGUUGGUUUGUACGGUUUAGAUGUGGCCACUUACAUCUUUUAUCCAUUCGCUAAGGCCAUUCCUUAUUGUUCAUUCACCUUGUGUGUGGCCUUAAUCUUUUGGCCCUAUCACCUUCCUUUUUUGAACAAUCCCAUUCAAUUUGUCAUGCAUGAAAUUAAAUUCUCUCAAAAACCAGAGAGAAGAAGAGCUACUGUUGUCGAGAAUUUGAAUGAUGAUGAUGAUCAAAUUCCUCAACAACUGGCAGGGAAUGGCUCAUCCAAAAUCAUAAAGAUUAGUAGUGGUAGUGGUCGAGAAGAGUUGCCCGAUGAUUCAAUGACGAAGACCACCACCACCACGACGACACAACAAAAGCCUUCUUCGACCACCACUCUCAUGACUCCUACGAAUGAUCAAACGAUUGAACUCAUCACUGAAGAGUCCUCUCCACUCAACGCGCAACUCGACUCUGCAACACCUACCUUGUCCAAUGUGAGUGGUAUGCAAGAGAUGAUACCCAGCACCACCAGCACCACCAUGAUGAUAACAACUCAUCAUCACUCGUCGUGUCUCUCUAUAACCACUAAUGAUGACUCUGCACCCUCAACAGCAACUCCAAAUGUUUAA